AUGGGCAACAAGCAAACGGUCUUCACUCGUGAGCAGCUGGAGGAGUACCAGGACUGUACCUUCUUCACGCGGAAGGAAAUCAUGAGGAUCUUCUAUCGCUACCAGGACCUGGCCCCCCAGCUCGUCCCCCUUGACUAUACCAGCUGCCCUGAUGUGAAGGUCCCGUCUGAGCUCAUUGGCAGCAUGCCCGAGCUGAAGGACAACCCCUUCCGCCAGCGGAUCGCUCAGGUUUUCUCUGAGGAUGGGGAUGGCCACAUGAGCCUGAACAACUUUCUCGACAUGUUUUCCGUGAUGAGUGAAAUGGCUCCCCGAGACCUCAAGGCCUACUAUGCAUUCAAGAUUUACGACUUCAACGGCGAUGACUACAUCUGCGCGGAUGACCUGGGCCAGACCCUGGGCCGGCUGACGCGCGGGGAGCUGAGCGCCGACGAGGUCCGCCUGGUGUGCGAGAAGGUGCUGGACGAGGCCGACGGCGACCACGACGGGCGGCUGUCCCUGGAGGACUUCCAGAACAUGAUCCUGCGGGCCCCCGACUUCCUCAGCACCUUCCACAUCCGCAUCUGA